AUGAUCUGGAAAGCCCUCCUCAGCACGGCAGCCAUAUUGGCACAUAUCUCCCCAGCCCUAAGUAUCCCAACCAACAGCUCUACAAUAUCCACUCGUCAAUCCAAUGAUCGAUAUGUCUUCGCCCACUUCAUGGUCGGCAUCGUGAAAGACUACCAACUCCCCGACUGGAAAGAAGACAUGCUCGCCGCCCAAGCAAUCGGCAUCGACGCCUUCGCCCUAAAUUGCGCCAGCAUAGACGACUACACGCCCACGCAACUAGCCCUCGCCUACACCGCAGCCCAACAAACAAACUUCAAAGUCUUCAUCUCCUUCGACUUCGCCUACUGGAACAACGGCGACACAGCCCAGAUCACAGCCUACAUGCAGAAAUACGCCAGCCACCCUGCUCAGAUGCAGUACCGCGGAGCUGCGGUGGUCAGCACCUUUGUCGGCGACAGCUUCAACUGGGAUGCCGUGAGACGCGGGACUGAGCAUGCGAUUUAUGCGUUGCCGAAUCUGCAGGACCCGGCUUUGGCAAGCACGGUGGCGGCGAGGAGUGCUGAUGGGGCUUUUUCUUGGUUGGCUUGGCCGACGGAUGGGGGGAAUAGUAUUAUUGCUGGACCGAUGACGACGGUUUGGGAUGAUCGGUUUGUGCAUUUUUUGGAUGGGAGGACUUACAUGGCUCCUGUUUCGCCGUGGUUCUCGACGCAUUUCAAUACUAAGAAUUGGGUUUUUGUUUGUGAGGAUUUGCCGACGAGGAGGUGGGAGCAGAUGCUUGCUCUAGGGCCGGAUUUGAUUGAGAUUAUUUCGUGGAAUGACUAUGGUGAAUCCCACUAUAUCGGCCCGUACUCCCCCCACCACAGCGACGAUGGCUCCGCAAAGUGGGCAGCGGACAUGCCCCACGACGCAUGGCGAAGACUGUUCAAACCGUACAUCUCUGCCUACAAGGCCGGAGCUAAAACACCUACAGUAGAAGCAGACGAGAUCGUCUAUUGGUAUCGUCCGACCCCGAAGGGCGUUGUUUGUACGGGUGAUUCGCUCUCAGCACCGAUGGGCAUUAAUAUGCUCAGCGAUAGCAUCUUCGUUGCGACUAUGUUGACGAGACCGGCUGUUUUGACUAUGCAGAGUGGGGGAAAUACACCAGUCAGCAUUGAUGUUCCUGCUGGAAUCGUUACUUCGAAUGUGACUAUGGGCGUUGGUAGGCAGUCGUUUACGGUGAGGGACGAUUGGGAGGAUUCAGGUGGCUGGGAGAUGUAA